AUUACACGUUAUGCUCUACGCCGAGCGUAUGGUACACUCAGAACCAUAAUUUACAAGAUUGUACUUCAUAAAUUCACUACGUGGUCAUUAAUGUAGAAAGGAAUGGAUCUGUAUACACCUGCAAUAGACAACCGACAACUUCUAGCUAUUCGAAAUAUUGCAAGGAUAACCUGUUUCUCACGAGCGUAAUAAUACUGGAGCACAGCAUCGGCGAAUGCUCGUCGAGUCUCCUUAUAGAAAUGAUUAAGAGGAAAAUUUACUAUCGUGUAAAUGAAAAGCUGGUUACAUAAACAUUAACGACCUUCUGAUAGAACAACUCAUAAAUGGUAGGCCUACGGUCAAGGAACAAUUUGCAUUUUGGUAAGGGAGGGACUGCAUCAAGUGCACCAGAAACCGGAAUUAAUCGAUGAGCAGGGCUGGACCAAUUGCCGAAUUCUUUGGAGUGAAAUAAUAAUCGACGUUUAAGAAUGUGACCAGCCGAGAUUUGGAGCCAUUGAAAAUUAUACUAUUAAAAUGUCAGAAAUAUCUUUGGACGAUGAAGUACUAUCACCGGACAUGUUCUCAGAUUCAGAGAAUCAAAUGACAAGUUCUUUCAAUACAAUAGAAUUAGACGAACCACUAGUCAUUUCUGAAGAACCAGAAGUCACAGAUACCGUACAUGAAUGGAAGGGAGUUAGUAUGGAUCAUAUUUAUAAAGGCUUGGGACCAUUUGGUUGCCAUCAGCAUCCUCCAAUUUCUCCAAGUGCAGAGCAUACAGUUUUAUUUGAGUUGCCUCUUAAUAAUCGUGGUACGCCAAAGCCUUAUCCAAAGCAGCAGAAGGAUAAAUGGUGUCAAGGAUAUGUUAGAAUGCCUCAUUCUAUGCAUAGUCUUUAUCCAGUGAAUCAUGAAAAUGGAAGUAACGGAUUCCGUCAACGUUGGGAAGUUAUUCAAGAGGCAUUGCUCAAGAGUUUUGUCUCCACAUAUCAAUUGGAAGCAGCGAUUUUGUCAUAUAACCAUAAAUAUGCUCAUCGUUGGGAUUUUUCUGCAUUACAUCAGUUUUUCUCUGAGGUAGUUGAUGAAGAAUCAGCAAACCAUUUCUUCACUGGAUUGUUACCAAAAAUAGUACAACUAGCUUUACAAUUGCCAGUUCUGGUAACUGGAGCAAUUCCAUUAUUAAAACGUCAUACAAAUGCAUCCAUCAGUCUUAGCCAGUUGCAGGUGUCUUCACUGCUUGCUAAUGCAUUUCUAUGUACUUUCCCAAGGAGAAAUUCUACUAAUCCCCAAUCCGAGUAUGCCAUGUAUCCAAAUAUUAAUUUUAACAGACUUUUUGGAUCAUAUAGAGAAGAUAGAUACGACAGAUCUGAAGCUGUGCUAGAAAAAUUAAAAUGCAUCUUUCAUUACUUCAGAAGGAUAACAUCUCAAGUAGCACCAGAAGGCACUAUAACAAUUCAGAGACGAUACAUUCCAAAAGAAGAGUGUCCUAGAUGGGAGCAACAAUGUCACAAACUGCCACCAUUACACAUAACAAGCAAGGGAACAAUCGAGUCUGAAGGAACAGGUCUUCUACAAGUAGACUUUGCCAAUAAAUAUGUCGGCGGUGGAGUUCUACGUUGGGGCUGUGUGCAAGAAGAAAUAAGAUUUGUCAUUUGCCCGGAAUUAAUGGUGAGCAUGUUGGUAACUGAGGCUCUAGAUGAUACAGAAGCUCUAAUAAUUAGUGGAAUCGAAAGAUACAGUAAAUAUGAAGGAUACAGCGAUGAUUUCAAAUGGACUGGAAAUUUCGUCGAUGAAACUCCAAGAGAUAGCAGUGGCAGAAGAAGAACUUCUGUUGUUGCCAUUGACGCCUUAUCAUUUGAACAAGCAUGUACUCAAUUUAAUACUAGGAACAUAAUACGAGAACUGAACAAAGCUUAUGUGGGAUUCAGUAGUUCAGAAAUGCAUACUGACAAUUUGGCAGCUAUUGCAACUGGAAAUUGGGGCUGUGGAGCUUUUCGUGGUAAUCCACAGUUAAAGGUGUUGGUACAAUUAAUGGCUGCUGCUGUAGCUGGCCGUUCUAUGGUUUACUUUACUUUUGGAGAUACCAACUUAAGAGAUAAAGUUGCUGAUCUGUAUUGGCAUCUCGUUGAACAUGAUAUAGAUGUUGCUCGACUGUUUUAUUUACUGUCUCAAUAUCGUGAAACAGCUUCUAAAAAUUAUUCGGAUUUUUAUCAAUUUUUAUAUAAACGAAGUAAAAUGAAACCUAUAACAAAUUUUUUAAUUAAAACUGAAACAGAAUCAACGAAAAUUGAUGGAAUGUCCCAGGAAUCGGAGAAAUCGACUGUCCUCUUAACAGGAUAUACUUCUAAGGCUAAACAGAAGGAGGAGGAAGACGAACUAAUGAUAGCAAAUUGGUUAGAAGAUUUAGAUCAGAAUAAUGUUGAAAUUACAUAUUCAGUGGAGAAGAAAGAGGAAGAAAUUGUUAAAUGUGUCGAUCCCAGUAAUGUUGCAGGUAAAAAUUCGAAUGAAAAUAAUUCUAUAAGUUCUGCAACGAAUAAAGAUAAUGCAAAGAGUAUUUCAAGUACCAAUUCUGUAAUCAAUGAUAGUAUCAUGAAAGAAGAUUUGUCCAACAAUUCAUUGCUAUGGCCAUCUGAUUCUCAAAGUAUGAAAAUGCAGCACAGUCGACCUUCUGCUCUGGAAAUAUUGGGUACGAAACAGGUGGACACUGUUAAUAAUGAAGUAAGUAAGGCACAAAAAGAAACGUCGCCUUGUACAAAAUUAAAAAAAACAAUUGACAAAGACAACAGUAAGAAAAAUUUAAAAACAAGUCAACGGAAAAUAUCUGAUUUCUUUCCACCAAUUAAAUAGGUCCAUAGAAAUUAUUGUAUGAGACUUGUUAAUCAUAAAAUUGAAAAUCUACAGUACACUAGAAAACCAUUGUAUAUAAUUGUAAACAAUUUAAUAAGUAAAUUUUGUUUAUUAACUUCA